AUGUGUCUCUUGUCAAACACCCUGCCCCCGUCCGCUAGCCAAGAUGGUCUACAUGGCUUGUUGACCAGUGGCAUCGGGAUGAGCGAAGCGUUAGCCAUGAAUCUGAGCAAUGCCUCACCACACGUGACAGCGGCCCGAGCAAAUACCAUAGGUCGGACAGAUGGUCUAUCUCCGGUCGGCCUGGGAACUGUCAAUUCCGUGGCGGCUGUGGNUGCUGCAGCCGCAGCUGCCAAUGCAGCAGCUGGUUCUCCUCCGCCUCCACUUCCACCACCAAAUCAUCCGGGUUACGAUCUUGUCGAUACUCGGACCGUAGAAUCCCCGUACGGUGGAACACACACAACGGACAAGGUGGUGAUUACAGGGACACGUAAAUCCAAACGACGCUGUCCCUGGUACUAUUGGAUCAUUAGUAUCCUUGUGUUAGCGUUCCUGUUAACUUUGGUCUUGGCGAUUACUUUUUCCGCCGAGAAACGACAUUUGGGCGAGAGGUUGUUCGAACGAUUUUCGCAAGAUCCGUCCAUUAUCGGCCUGUUUGACCCAUCCAAUCCACCCGUGAAGCUGGAACCCGACCGUCCAGUUCACGUUAUCCUUGAUCGAAUGGGAGUCUGGUCUGCGGAAUGGCAUAUGCGCACAUCACGUUACAUUCGGUACAACAUCACCGUCUCAUCUGCCCUGUCCACAAUCGGGAUAUUCAUGCGUCGGAGCACUAUGCCCACCAUUGUUCGCCAUGAUAUAUUUGAUCGAAUCAGUGGUCGCACGCUGCAACCGACUACUCGAUCUGGAAGACGUUUCGCACGGGCACGCAGAGCAAUCGCGGAACAGUCAGCACCCACGAUCUAUCGAUCCUCAUCCACGUCGGACAUUCGCGAGACCACACGCAUACACUAUUUGGAAGAAGGAACGUGGUUUUUGGCUUUUGUGAACGAUCAACCGCGACCAGAACCGUUCACAUUCAGCAUCGGCGAUGCCGGCCCGGACGUGUCCGCAUCGGACAGGGACAUCUGUUCGGACUUGUUCUCAUUAGUCGCAUUCAUGGCUCACGAAACGAUACUGUGA